AUGAAGUACGUUCAGCUUACAAUCGAGCUCAUCACCAAGGCCUUUGAGACAUUCUCCUCUAAGAAGGGAGUGGAGUUUAACAAGAAGGAUGCAAAUAAGAUCUUUAAGGCGCUUGAUGAGGAUGAGGAAGUAGAGAGAUACUACUUUUGUGGAGAAAAGUGCACCAAGUCCAAGCGCAAAUGCAUGAAGGAAGUUGAUGAUGAAGGCAUGCAUUGUUAUGUCCACGAUCCUGCGCGCAAGUGUCAAGGCACAACUAUUAAGGGUGCUAAUUGUGGUAGUGUAGCCAAACUUGGUCAAACAUACUGUGGACGUCAUCAAGAUCAAGAUAGAGGUUAUAUAAAACGUAGUAACAACAACGCACCUGUCGACAAGCGUACUAAGUCUUCCAAGGCUUUAAAGAAGACACAUACUUCUAAGUUUGUGUCUUCCGAUGACGAUAUGACUUCCGAGGAUGAAGAACCAAAGAAGCGAAAGAGAAACAAGCAGGAGUCAUCGGAUGAAGAGCCGUCCGAUGAUGAUGAUGAAGAAGAUAUAAUUGCCGUCUCCUUUCCGUUGAGUCCAAAGUACAUUAUUAGGCUAAAGGAAAAGAAUCUCUACAUUGCAUUGUGUCCACCUAAGCUCAUGGGCAAGAAUCUCCCUGCGCCAGAAAUAUCUGAGAAAGAGGCACGCAUAUUGGCCAAGAUGGGUCUUCAAGAGGCAACUUCAGCAGAUGUAGAAAAAAUAGAAGAGUCUUCUGCUGAUGAGAAUUCUGACGAUGAUACAGAUGAUGGUGAUACGUCUGAUAAUGCUGACUCUGACGAUGAUUCCUCUAAAGAUAAAGACUCUGAUGAUGGCAAGUCCAAUAACAGACCUGAUGUAGAAUCUGGAGAUGAUACCUCUAAGGAGGCCUUUCAAGUCCAAAUUAUCAUAUGGGGAGAGAUUACAUUUUAA